AUGUCCUCACCUCUCGUCUUUCAAAAAUCAACAGGGAUCAAAGGAAAGAACAAGUACUGGCAGUUUGUCAUAUCACCUUCUCCACACACCUCCUCUUCACACAUGUCCGAUUCCGAAGAGGAUGAUGCUUGUGAUGAUGAAUUUUCUCAAUCAAUCAUCAACAACAACAAUAACAACAACAUCUUAACUUUAUCCACUCCUCACUCAUUCUACAUUCUCUCACGACACGGAACCACCACCCUCCAUCCACUCACUCACACCAUUCACACCACGAAAGGCAUUUCCUAUCAAAAAGAAUUUCCUUCCGAACUGCAAGCACAGAAAGAACUCUUAAUUCGCAUUCACUCAAAACUCAAAGAAGGUUACGAAUGGGUCUACGAGAGAAAGAAACGAAAAUUUCCACUCGAAACACUCGUUGCAUUGGUGAAUGAAAAAAUUCAAGAGCAGUAUGAACUGUUUAGGGAGUUGGCAAAGGCUCUCUCCAAUCGGAAUCGUGUUGCACAGAGUACAACAAACUCUACAAUAUCAUUAGCCUCCGCAUCACCACCAUCACCACCCUCAACCAACAGAGAGGAUGAUCUUGGACGAGUUGUUGAUGAUCUUCUUCCUUUCAAGUUGAGAAAUAUUUCACUUCCGAGAGUAAGCUCACCCCAACGAUUGACGAAAUUGGUACUCCAUCGAUUGGGAUUAACCCCAACGAAGAAUAUCCCUAAUUUACCACCACUCGUAGGCCUGCAUUCCAAUUCUUUACGAAGAAGAAGCACUAAAAAGACCAAGAACCAAAAAGUUCCUAUUAUUGAAUUUUCUUCAUCGGAAAGUGAUGAUGAGAGUAGAGAACAAACAUUCUCACCUCCUCCACGAGUGGCAAGGAGAAAAAGCACAACUGUUACUAAAACCAUCCUCAACAAUAAGAAGAGAAAUGCAUCCACUAAGAGAAAACACUCAUCAAAUUCUUCUAAAAGACACGACAACGAUUCCUCCUCUUCAAAUAGUAGUAGUGAUAGCAGCAGUAGUAGUGAAUCAGAAGAAGGAGAUGAACAAUUUACAACCAUUCAAGCAAGAAGAAGAAGAACAAAGGCUCCUCAGAAGAAAAAGACGAAACGAGAUCUCACUCCUCGGAUCCAUUCUCCAACCUCUUCUCGUGAUGUUUCGAUAGUGGAACAACGACAGGCUGAGAAUGAUUCCACCCUAUAUCCAUCCAUUCUUCUCUCUACUCCACGAUCUCAAAAACCAUGCUCUUCUUCUGUUUCCACAAGUACCAUUACUCCUCUCGUGCUCUCUCCAAUUCCCUAUCGAUCUCGAAGACAAGUCCCUACUGCUGCAGAAGCCACUGUAGAGGAAGGUCUUGAUCAUUCUUCCUCAGACGAUGAUGAAGGUGGGAUUGAAGAAUUCUAUGGAGAGAUCAUUAUUGCCAACACUCCUGAGAGAUUUCAAUCCACAGACACUCCUCAUGGUAAUGAUAACAUCAAUUUGAUCACGCCUUCAACUAGUUCCCUUAAUAUUUCUCGACCUCUUUCGGAUAUUGACUCGGGAAGUGAUCGAGAAGAUGAUAAUGCACUCGCCCGUUCAUCCAUUCGCUCACAUGGAGGAGUGAAUUCUUCAUCCAGCAUUCUUUUCACGUCACCGUUUGGAAUGAAUGAUUCAUCCUUUGGUGGAGGUUUUGAAGACGAUCUAAAUGAUAAUUAUUCCUUUGUCAAUAGGUCCAAUGUCACCUCUGACAACAAUGCUCAUAUCUCAUCUACCUUGAUUCAACAAGAACUUGAAGAAAAGAUCAAAAAACUCUCUCAAACUAUCACUAUGGAAACUGAGAGAGCCAAUGCCUUAGAUUUGGAAAAGAAUUAUUUAGAGAGAAAAAUGAUUGAAUUAGUGGAAUUGCAUCGACAAGAACUUGUGGAGAAGGAUGACCAGCGUGAAGAAGAAAUUAUAACGUUAAAACGAAGAAUGGAUGAAUUGAAUCAUUCUGUGCAUUUACGGCAAGAAGAGCUGUACAGAAAAGAAGAAUUGUUGAGAGAAUUAGAAAAGAAAUUCGAAGAAGAAAGAAUGCAAUGCAAUCAACAACGUGAAAUGGUAGAGAGUUUGUCUCAAGAUUUAUCAUGUCGUAUAGAACAGGUUCAACGUAGAGAAUCACUCUUGGAAAUGAAUGAAAGAGAACUAGAAGAGAGAAUGAAACAAAUCGAAAAUGAACAAAUGACUCUUUCAACCGAGAAGAAUGCACUUCAGGAACAAGUGAACAAGUUCGAAAUAGAAAAGGAGAAUUUCAUGCAAGAUUUGGAACAGAAGAAUAUUCUUUUUGAAAGAGAAGUGUCAGAGCGUUUCCACAAACAACAAAAAGAUCUUGAGAUUGAGAGACAGAAAUUGGAGAAUGAAUAUCAUGAAAAUAUGCAACUCUUAAAUCAAGAAAAAGAAAAAUUGAGAGCUCAACAAAUGGAUUUUGAGCUUGUGGAAUCAUCAAGAAGAGAGUGGUACGAAUUGAAAUGUAGAGAAAUUUCUGAGAAGGAGACCGAAAUUGCAAACCAACAAGUUCAACUUGAACAGAAACUUCAAUAUCUUAAAGUAUGUGAAGAUGCUUUCGAAAUUCGACAACAACAGCAUGAAGAUCUCAUUUCCAAGAGAAAUUCCAAUCUUGACAUGAAAGAGCACACAUUCCAAAGAGAAAAAGAACAAUUCGAAAAAGAACGACAAGCAUUCACUCAACUUUUCGAGAAGAGAAUGGAGUAUGAGAAUCACUGCCAACAAUUAGGACUUGCUCUCUCUCAAAAACACACCGAAUUUCAGUCUGCCCUUUCCGUGUGGUUAUCUGCUUUGAAUUAUUCUACCAGAAAAGAGACCAUGGAUGAUGAAGGCGAUGAUAAUCAUCGAACGAUCAUAUUUUCUGGAGCAAAUUUGGACAGUGAUUUGUAA